CUAAACAAAUGAGAUGUACGAGAGAUGUGAAGCUGAUCUUCGGGAAGCUGAGAAGAUCGAAAAACUUGAAGAAAAGAGGCAGAUGCUACUCGAGGAGAAACUGAAAAUAGAAGCCGCUACCUUGGAAGAAGAGUUAAAAAGACAGCGUAUUCAAAUGCAAGAAAUGGUGAAACAAUUUGAAAAAGAACGUAAAGAAAGGGACGAAGCUGAUCAGUUGAGAAGACAACUAAAAGCCGUAGAACUGAGACAAAAGGAAGGAGAGGAAAAGAGACGUCUGGAUGAAGAAAAGAAACGACAGGCAGAACAAGACACAUGGAGCUGAGAC